CCGGGGCCGCCACCCCGCCCCUUCCCCCUCCCCCGCCGGGAGGAAGCGGGACCCGAUGGGGCGGGGCUGGGAGGGGGGAAAGUGACCAGAGACCCGGACAAGGCCGAGGGGACCCCGACGGCGCCCCCGUCCCUCCCCGCCCCAGGUGCGGCACCCCAGCGACCGGAGCCGCGCCCACCAUGAGUGAGGCGGUGAUGGUGUCCAGCCGGGCCACGGUCAUGCUGUAUGAUGAUGCCAACAAGCGCUGGCUGCCGGCGGGCACCGGGACCCAGGCCAUCAGUCGUGUCCAGAUCUUCCACAACCCCACCACCAACGCCUUCCGUGUCGUGGGCCGCAAGAUGCAGCCAGACCAGCAGGUCGUCAUAAACUGUGCCAUCAUCCGGGGGCUCAAAUACAACCAGGCGACCCCCAACUUCCACCAGUGGCGUGACACUCGCCAGGUCUGGGGCCUCAACUUCAGUAGCAAGGAGGAGGCUUCCCAGUUCGCCGCCGCCAUGCUCGAAGCCCUGGAGGCACUGGAGGCUGGCCCAGUGCCCUCAUAUCCGAUCCAGAAUGGACCUUCCCCUGAAGAGAUGGAGCAGCAGAAAAGGCAGCAGCAGAUGGAGCAGAUGGAGCGAGAGCGUCGGGUCUCAACCCCAGGUGGGUGACUAGGCGGACCACUGCUCCCCCGGCCGGGGGCCCCCCGCCCCCCCCCAGGACCGCCCCCGCCUCCGGGGCCGCCUCCGCCUCCAGGGCUGCCCCCGUCUGGGGCGGGUCCACCAGCCACUGGUGGAGGGGCCGGGCCCCCCCCCGGCCCCACCUCUCCCCGCGCCCACUCUGGGGGUGGGAGUGGGGCAGCCCCUGGCCUGGCUUCCGCCAUCGCUGGAGCCAAACUCAGGAAAGUCACCAAGCAGGAUGAGGCCCCUGGGGCAGGUGGGCCCCCACCCGUUCCCAAGAGUGCAGGAAGCUCUGGCGGGGGACUUAUGGAGGAGAUGAGCGCCAUGCUAGCCCGCAGGAGGAAAGCUACGCUCGUAGGGGAGAAGCCGCCGGCUGCCAAGGAAGAACCGGCCAGUCAGGAAGAGUCUGAGCUCCCAGGUACCAGGACCCCCGCCCAGCCAACAGAGCCCACACGGAGACCCUGGGAGAAAAACAGCACAACGUUGCCACGGAUGAAAUCGGCCACUGCCCUCCCCAGCUCUGAAGCUCCCCCGGCCCACAGUGCCGCCCCCGCGGCGGACGAGUCGGACUUGGAACGGGUCAAACAGGAGCUGCUGGAGGAAGUGCGGAAGGAGCUGCAGAGGGUGAAGGAGGAGAUAAUCGAAGCCUUCGUCCAAGAGCUGAGGAAGCGGGGCUCCCCCUAGAUCCGGGAUCCAGGAUGCCCAUCCCCAGCGUGCCCACUUCCUGCCGGAGAAGCCAGAAUAGUCGGUCCUCCCUUCCCCUUCCCUACACCUCCCCCUUCCCAUCGCCCACCCCCAUAUUGGCAAGGGGGCCGGGGCCUGUGCUUCUUGGCCCCUCCCCCGGGAGAUACCAAUCAACCUGAGAGUAUAUGUGUGUGUGUGGGGGUGGAGGGGGGAAAACACAUUCCCCUCUCCCCCGCCACGGGCCUCAAUGGGAUCUGCAAUCACUUUACUGCUUAUGGCCUUCAAUUUUUUUAAAAAUAAAUAUAUAUAUAUUUGUUUCUUUGGGGAUUUUUUUUGUUUAGUUUUUAUA